UAUGUUAAACGUUCCCAGCUCCAUAUCGAUUUAUCAUGUCUCUGUGCAUGCUCGUUAACAGUCGUGUAGGUCACCACACGCAUCUCGCCCUCUGCAUUGGUGGGCUGUCCAAGACCAUCCCGCUCGAGCUUGCGAAGAACAAAAGUGGAAAGAAAAGAGGCCGAGUUGUCAAUAGUGAUUGGAUAUGCGGGUACCGUUGCCGGCCUCGUUCAUCAACUGACCAUUGUCCAAUGCACUCCACUCAUGUGCCAUGAUGCAUACGUUAGGAAUUCCUGGUCCUUGCUCAAGCGCA